UGCCGGACUACAGCCGCCACACAAAGUACAGCGAAAUAGUUACCCCCUCACCCUAGUCCUUCUCUCUCUCUAGCCUGAGCGCAUAAAUCGAGGAAAGGUCGCCAAGAUGGUGAACAUUACAGAGAAGAUCAAAGAGAUUGAGGAGGAGAUGCGGAGGACGCAGAAAAAUAAGGCUACAGAAUAUCAUCUUGGUCUACUCAAAGGAAAACUCGCUCGUCUCCGCGCACAACUGCUCGAGCCCGCAGCGGGCGCAGGUGGUGGUGGCGGAAGUGGUUUCGAUGUGUCGAAAUCAGGUGAUGCGCGUAUAGCCCUUGUUGGAUUUCCGUCGGUCGGAAAGUCGACGUUUCUCUCGAGAAUCACAAAGACCAAGUCCGAAGCUGCAUCGUACGCUUUCACUACGCUCACGGCCAUUCCUGGUGUGCUCGAGUAUGGUGGUGCGGAAAUCCAGGUCCUGGAUCUACCGGGUAUUAUUGAGGGCGCUGCCGAAGGAAAAGGGCGCGGAAGACAGGUCAUUAGUGCAGCCAAGACGAGUGACCUAAUCUGCAUGGUUCUUGAUGCUACCAAGAAGGCGGAGCAGAGGCGGUUGCUCGAGGCCGAGUUGGAGGCCGUAGGGAUCCGGUUGAACCGAUCACCACCCAACAUUUACCUCAAGCCUAAAAAAGCUGGUGGCAUGAAGAUUAGUUUUCAGGUUCCGCCAAAGUAUAUCGACGAGAAGAUGGUGUACAACAUUCUCAAGGACUACAAGAUGCUCAAUUGCGAAGUUCUAGUGCGCGACGAGAAUGUCACUGUCGAUGACUUCAUCGAUACAAUCAUGAAGGACCACCGCAAGUACAUCAAGUGUUUGUAUGUCUACAACAAGAUUGACAGCAUUGGUCUGCCGCACUUGGACGAACUAGCACGCGAGCCAAAUACGGUAGUCAUGAGUUGCGAGCUGGACCUAGGCAUUCAAGACGUGGUGGAUAGGUGUUGGGAAGAGCUGAGGCUGAUUCGAAUCUACACCAAGAGAAAGGGAUGCGAUCCGGAUUUCUCAGAGGCGUUGAUUGUGCGCCAAGGAAGCACAAUUGAGGAUGUUUGCGAUCAGGUGCACCGGACGCUCAAGGAGACGUUCAAGCAUGCACUGGUGUGGGGAGCGAGCGCCCGACAUGUGCCACAAAAGGUGGGCUUGGGCCACGUUGUGGCUGAUGAGGAUGUAGUGAGCAUUGUGGCGAAGUAGAUGUAUGUGCAUAUCGGGCGCAUUACGUCGACCCAAUGUGUCGAGCAACGAAAUGUAUUUUACAACUCCUGAAUAUCACGUACGCACAAUGCGCUCU